CGCGUUUGUAUUUCUGUGGCGAUUCUGCGAAGUGCGGACCAGACCUGCGCGCCGCUCUUGUUCCGACUCCUUCGAUUUUCAGCCUCCGAAUCUUCAACUAUACUGUUUGUUAUUAUUAAGCCUCGGGGCAACAGACGCCCGCGCUCCUGAGAAUUGUCUUUUAGGAUCUGAUCAAGUCUCCAAACUUCACGAUGGCUGUGGGCGGAUGCGGCGUGGUCUGCAAGUACAUCAUCAUCAUCUUCAACAUCGUCUUAGCGGGCCUGGGCCUGGCCUUCCUGGGCUUCGGGCUGUGGCUCAGGUUCGGUGAAAACACCAGACCCAUCUUCCAGAUCGAGGAGCUCAACUCCAGCGUCUUCGUCACAGCCGUCACGCUGCUCAUCAUCGUCGGCAGUGUGAUGCUGCUGCUGAUCGCCUUCGGGUAUCACGGCGCCUGCAAUGAGAGGAGAUGCUCGCUGAUAGUGUACUCGGUCCUUCUGUCCAUCCUGGUGGCGACUGUAGUGUUGGUGGGAUUCCUCAGCUACACCAGGAGGGACAAGGUCGGGAAGUACCUGUCCCAGUUCUACAGCGAACUCUACACACUGUACGUCGCCACUUCGGACCCGGCGAUUGGGGUCGUGCUGACAUUCAUCCAGGAGAUCGUCCACUGCUGUGGAAUGACUGGGAUCACGUUGGUGGAACUGGUGAAAAUGACGUGUCCCCGACCUGACAGCUUCUUUGACCACUUCAUGCCUCGCUGUCCCAGGGUCAUCGCCAACUUGUUCGACCAGAAGGCAUCGCUGGUGAUGGGCAUCUUCGUUGUAACUGGAGGUCUUCUGGUGACUGCGGUGAUCUGCAGCAUGGUCCUCAGCAGCAAGAUCCUGCGGUCCUACUCUGCUCCUCAGUACAUCAUCCUGACUCCAACCAUCAGCACAGUGCCCUCUCCACAGGGCCAGGUCUACACCGCCAAUCCUGACCGCGACCCGGUGGUCUUCACCCCCCUCACUGACGCCAAUGUGCCACUUCCUGUGCCCUAGUCUGCUUUGCUUUCUCCUCCUGCUGCCUGGACUGCUUGCAUUUCUCUGCUUUUCUGGGUCAUCUUCUCCAUCCAGGCCUUUAUUGAGCUCUAGUCUGGUGUCAUCCGGCUUUAAAUGAACGGGUUUCUCUCUUCCUCGGUUGAUGGUCCUUGCUGUGUCCACAAGCAGCCUCUCACCUUCACCCCCGCCCCUCCCCUACACGUCCUUGUGUGACAGGUCGUCGCUCUGCUGAGCGCCAUCGUCCUGCUGGUCAAUCUCAAGAAGCACACGCAGCGGUUCCCAGUCUACUGACCAGUCCUCUGGACACCUGCAGGGGGCAGUGGCCAACUCUGCGUCUGGCAGCUUCGCUUUUGGCCUUUUAAGUGAAAAGUAAUAUUGGUCACCAUAACAACCGUGUUUGUUCAACAGUGUUUUUUUUAUUUCAUGAAAUAAACAAGCUCAGCUGUA